AUGUUCAUCUUCUGCAAUCCCUUUCUCGACGGACCGUGGCGCGCGAUCCUGCUUGCUCCGACGUUAUCUCGUUGCCUCAUUAUCCUCGGCGAUGGAAACCUCCUCAAAUCUCAGCGCUUUGCUUUUGACCCAACAGCGGCCAAAUUUCCCCUCGGAUUCGUCGCAACAGGUCUCCACUGCGGUGUCAAGAAGGACCCCUCCCGCCUCGAUUUGGGCGUCAUCAUCUCGGACCGCCCUUGCUCCGCCGCGGGCACCUUCACCCGCAACGCCUUUGUCGCCGCACCCGUCGUCGUGUCCAAAGAGGUGCUCGCCAAAGGGCGUGGAAUUGCCCGAGGUUUGGUCGUCAACUCUGGGUGCGCUAACGCCGUCACGGGGUCCCAGGGACUCAAAGAUGCUCGCGCCAUGAGCGAUCAACUCGAUUCGUUCCUCGGCGAGUCAAACUCGUCCUCCGCGACGGGGACCCUCGUCAUGUCGACCGGCGUGAUCGGUCAACUCCUACCGAUCAAGAAGAUCCUGAACGGUAUCACCUCAUCGACCGCGACGUUGGGAUCGACCCACUCGGCCUGGCUCGAUGCCGCAAAGGCUUUCAUGACGACCGAUACGUUCCCCAAGUUGCGCACCCGGUCCUUUGAAGUCGGCGGCAAGGAAGUCAGGAUGGUCGGCAUCGAUAAGGGAGCAGGGAUGAUCCACCCCAACAUGGGCCCACCGCACGCGACACUGCUCGGCAUGAUCGCCACCGACGCCGCCGUCACCCCCGCCUCGCUGCAGGACGCGCUCACUGUACCUCGCCAUGUCCAGUCACCGGCGGUAUGA